UAGUUCGAUGAGCAUGCAGAGCCGCAAAUGGCGGAUUUCAUGGAGGAAAUUUGACAUAAUUUGGGCGGUGGUUAAAGGGUUGGUUAUCCUCGUCGGGUUUGGAUAUUCAAUAUGGAGUAGUCUUUAUAGUAUUGUGGUUCUUAUAAUUCGGCAAAUACCAUUAGAUGGUUGACAAUUAGAUUUAAAAUCUAUUAUCAUCCCUACUCGGACGCGAAUCAGCUAUUUCGAAGCACGCCUAUUUAUUAGCAGUUGAUAAAUUGAUACAGUGCUUAAUGACAAGCAUUGCUCUAAUACUAAUAGCUAUUAUUGUAGGUGCUGCGACUGAAAAACUGUAAAAAUACUGUAGAUAACAUUUUGAUACUUUUAAUUUAGCACUAUUUCAAAGGAUACGUGUUUUCCAUGCUGCUCACUCAACGUUGUGCGUUAGGCUUUCUAAUUUGUAUACAAGCCUAGUAGUGGAUUACACGCUACUGAAAGUUUUGCCGAAGACGAUACUAGGUGAAAGGUUAUAGGCACAUCGCUCGCAGAUAGUUUGUGGUCGGGUCGUGUAUCAUAGUGCAUAAUUCUACAGGCUGGAAAUCUGGAGUGGAAAUUAACUAUACUGCCGUGCGACUGAGAUUGAGUUAACGUUAAGGAUGCACAAUGCAGCGCGUGCGUCAGCGUCUCUGGGGUCUCUGGGUCUGCUGCGUCUCUUCGGGGUCCCCUGGUCCUGGAGCUUGGCCGCAGGCUUUGGGGUCUUUCUGGGUACCGGCGGUUGGAGGUACCUCUACAUUGUUGUCCGCACUGCGAAAAGAGACCUCAACGGUCUUUAUGUCUUAUUAAGGGUGAAGAUUGCCUUGUGGCACCACCUACGAAGCAAGAGCAAUAUCCCCUCCAUCUUUGCAGAUACGGUGAAGAAGCACCCCAAUAAACCCGCCCUCAUCUAUGAUGCCACAGGAGAGACGUGGACCUUCACCCAGUUGGAUCUCUUGUCUAAUUCUGUGGCCCAGUGGGCUCUGGCCCAGGGUUGGUCCCCGGGAGAUGUGGUGGCCCUGUUCAUGGAAAGCCGGCCCUUGCAGGUGGCUCUCUGGCUGGGUCUGGCCAAGGUCGGGGUGGAGGCGGCACUCAUCAACUUCAACUUGAGGAGGGACGCGCUCCUGCACUGUGUUGGGGUGUCUGCUUCCAGAGGAAUUGUGUUUGGAGCCGAGCUGGCUGAUGCCAUGUUAGAAGUGAGAUCAUCCCUGAACCCAUCAAUGGUGCGGUUCUGUACAGGAGAGCUCAGUGUGGACUCUCUAGCAUCCCUGGCUGCCCAAAAUCUGGAUCCUAUCCUGGCUGUUGCCUCACCACUGCCCCCUCCCCCCUGCAUCACACCCAAGGGUUUCAAUGAUCGCCUGUUCUAUAUAUACACUUCGGGCACCACCGGACUGCCCAAAGCUGCCAUAGUGGUUCACAGUCGGUAUUACCGAAUUGCUGCUUUUGGCUACCAUGCGUUCCGUAUGCGGCAGGACGAUAUAAUCUACGACUGCCUUCCCCUCUACCACUCUGCGGGUAACAUCAUGGGAGUUGGUCAGUGUCUCAUCAAUGGACUCACUGUGGUGGUGAAAAAGAAAUUCUCAGCUAGUCGCUUCUGGGAGGAUUGCAUCAGGCACAACUGCACUGUGGUGCAGUACAUAGGGGAGAUCUGCCGCUACCUCCUGUCCCAGCCUGUGCGGCCUUCAGAGAAGGGUCACCGGGUUCGCCUAGCUGUGGGAAAUGGUUUGCGCCCGAGUGUCUGGGAGGCCUUUACCGAACGCUUCAGAGUGGCACAAAUCGGGGAGUUCUACGGAGCUACCGAAUGCAACUGUAGCAUUGCGAACAUGGAUGGCAAGGUGGGAGCGUGUGGGUUCAACAGCCGCAUUCUGCCCAACGUGUACCCCAUCCGCCUGGUAAAGGUGGAGGAGGUGACCAUGGAGCUGGUAAGAGACAGGCGUGGGCUGUGUGUGCCCUGCCGUCCUGGGGAGCCAGGGCUGCUUGUGGGACGAAUCAACCAAAAAGACCCGCUACGAAGAUUUGAUGGCUACGCCAACCAGGAUGCCACCAGGAAAAAGAUUGCCAACAACGUCUUCAAGAAGAACGACUCCGCAUAUUUGUCAGGUGAUGUGUUGGUGAUGGAUGAGCUGGGCUACAUGUAUUUCCGGGACCGCAGCGGGGAUACGUUUCGCUGGAAAGGAGAGAACGUCUCUACCACCGAGGUGGAAGAAACACUGAGUGGGCUACUAGGCCAGGCUGACGUGGCAGUGUAUGGGGUGUCUGUACCAGAUGUGGAAGGGAAGGCAGGGAUGGCUGCCAUUGCAGACCCAACAGGGACCUUUGACUGUGAAACAUUCCUGCGAGAGGUUCAACAGGCUCUGCCUCCUUACGCCCGCCCUGUGUUCCUACGCAUCUCCCCACAAGUAGACACCACAGGUACCUUUAAAAUCCAGAAGACCCGAUUGCAGAGGGAAGGAUAUGACCCGCGCUUCUCAACUGACCAGAUCUACUUUUUGAACUCCAGAGCAGGGCGUUAUGAGACUGUGAAUGAGGAGCUGUACAGUGCUAUAGCAGAGGGUAGGAUGUGUCUAUGAUAUGGACUACUUUAGGGGAGGGCUCUCAGUGUGACAGAUACUGUAGACUCAAACUGUAGUGGUAACACUUUACUUAAAGCCUACAGGUAUGAUGCCAUUAAUAAGCAUUGGAAGCAAUGUUCCCUCUAUACUGUGCACAGGCAUGCAGCUCCUCUAGGACUGCUACACAGGAGAUAUUACAUCCUGUGCAGAGACACACAAGAACAUCUCUUCACUGGAGUUAUCCUCUUAGUUACACUUAACGUUUCCCUCUGCUGCGGGGAAUUGUGAUCAAAUCAUAUUAGCCCUUUUAAAUGCAACAGAACAAAGCAAACUAUGCAAGCCUUAGCACAUUGGGAGAGGAUUAUGUUGACAGACUAGCAUUUGUAAGUUGAUGUUUUGAGAUCUAAGCAAUGUUUAUUAGCCCAGUGUAGCUAACAUCUGGUCAGGAAGUAGGUAGCGAUGGUUUCCUACAUGAGCUCAAAAUAUCUGCAUUAAUCGCCAACUUUGAGAGUAAACCUAUUUCUGUGUCUUAUCUGGGCACUGUUGUACAUUCAGACAGGCUUGAAUAAGCUAACAAUAGGCAAAGAUUGUUUGAUUCUCUCAAACAACAGUAACAAUGGUAUGGAAAUGAUAUUUACUGUGUAAAGUGGCUUCUUGCACCAAACAAUGCGUUUUCCCUCAUCUAUUUGUCUAAAGGACAAAUUAUUAAACAGGUUAAUGUCAGGCUCUGUUUGUUUUCAAAAGUGUCAUGGAAUGUUGACCUACAUUGCACAGUAGCUACUGUUGGCUGUAAUAGCACAGCUGUUUCAAAAGUUCAUGCUCUAAUGUUAUAGGAUGCAUUUUCUCUAUUGAUUUGAUUUUAGGCCAGGCUCAUAUGCCUAAAUGAUGAUAUAAUUGCCACAGUAGCCUACUUGGACAUUGUAACAAUUGUAAUUUAUAGAAGGUACCGCCUCAUGUUCACAGUAAACCUGCACAAUACAUUGCACAGAAGGUCAUUGCUGCUGAACUGAUUCUUUCUGGGUAUUUUCUCUUUCAGACCGAGCGAUUAGGGGUUUCUUGAAGCUUUGGUGCAUAUUAUGCAGAUAAUUGUGCAUUUGUUGUUUAGAAUAUGCACUGUAAAAGCAUAUUAUAACUUUUCUGUAAGAAACAAUUGCAUUAAAUUAAUUAUAAUUCUUCCAAGUAUCCAUUUGAUCUUAAUCAGUUUCAAUACAUGGCGAUACAGAUUCCCAUUAUUUUCUUUCUUUUAAAUAUUAAAAGCAUUAAAACAUUUAGAGCAGAUUGGCUAAGAACUAACUGGUGGCUGGUGCUGUUGAACAUGAUCUGCAUGUUAGCAGAAGCAUCAGAAAGCUCUAAAGCGCUUGGACUGGCUGAUUAAAUAACCCCAAAAUGUAUCUGCAGCCACUCUGUUUGGGAUGCAGCCCUUAGCUGUGGUAUAUUGACAAUAAACCACAGACCUCAGAGGUGCCUUAUUGCGAUUGUUGACCUGUUUCUGUUACUGUUAUAAAUGAGAUCAUUACAAAUAAACUUUCUUUCACACCUGUGCUAUAUGGGCACAUAUCACCGCUUUCAGCCAGCAUUCAGGGUUGUAAACACCUGGUUUUAAAAAUAAUUAUAAUCAAAUAAUGAUCCUAACUACAAAUUGACAUCUUUAUUCAGUUGAUAUUUUGAUAUGUGGAGCCUUCUGUUGACCAGUAAGAAAUUCAGCAUUUCAAAUGCACUUUUAUAUGUACAUAACAAUUCUGUGGAAUAAAUGUUGUGAAACACCAUCAUUCAGCAAUUACUGCAGAUAUAUUACGGACAUUGUUUUGUAUUACAAUGCAAAGCAAAAUCUAUAUAUGGCCUCUAACAUGUUAUGAGCUUUAUUAAAAACUCCUGUGUGCUUAUAAGUAGUUAUAAAGCCUUCCACUUGCAGGCUUUGGCUAGUGUUAUGUCCUUAUCAGUGUCUUUCCUGCAUCAGCUCAUUGAAUCAAUAGGAAACUGCUACUACUGUUACAAAGUCACAUUAUAAACCACAUCAAAGGCUAAGGUGACUUUCAGGGCGUUUUGCCCAUUUUCCUUUAUACGUUUCUGAUUCUUAGGUUGCCCAAAUAAAACCUCAACAUCAUUUAACCUAAAAUGCAAAUAGAGUAAAGGAUUCUGUGAUUUUUUUCUCUUCAAACAAGCAACUCAGUUACAAUGGCAGAAUUUGUCUGUGGGUAAAUUGAGACUGAAAUUGAUGUGAGCUGUAAUAGAUCCAAUGGUUAUUGAGAUAUUCUGUAACACAAUCUAUUCAAGACAAUGGGGUAUUUGUUCCCUAUAAUGUAAUAGUUGUCUAAUAAAACAUCUUGAACUGGUUAAAGCAAUACUUGAUUGUCCAUGUUGGAAGAGGUGUUACACAGCUGUGUGUCAAUAGUAUUGUAGGUAGGCUAGAAGGAAUUUUCAUUUGCCUCCUUUUUACAAACACUCACUUUGUUUCAAAUAUAAAAUUGAAAAAUGCCACUUAACAUGUUUGGAAUAAGUUCUUUACACUGACUGACCAACAGUUUCACACACGUGUGUGUGUGUGUAUGUGUGGGUCUUAAAAUCAUUGUUUUAUUCUUAGCCUUAGGAUGUUGAACUAAAUAAGGAACACAUUUUAAUUAGUUUUUUUAUUUAAUGUCUUGAAGAUGUCAGUCACUCAUUGAACCUGUUGGCCUUUUACAAAGUGUUUUCUCAGUAAUGUAAUAUUUUUGGGAUAAUUAACAUUAUUGUAGCGUUCCAUUUUCAUACAUUUGUGUGCAACUUUAAUAAAUAUUUGUAGAAGA